AUGAAGCUGGAUCACUACACGACCCAGUUUCUAACAGGCCAUGGAGACUUCCGGGCAAAACUGCAUAGUUUCAAACUCGUGUCAGAUCCGAUCUGCGAGUGCGACCGGAAGCCAGAAACGGUCAACCAUGUGCUCAGGUUUUGCCCACGUACGAAGAAUGCCCGCAAAAAACUAAAAAGCACCCUCAGUGACGAAGGCGUUUCUUGGCCACCGGCUGAUGGGGCCUUCCUCAAGUCUAAGGCCACUUAUGAGGCUUUGGUAACUUUUUCAAGAGAAGCCCUUACAAAUCGCACGGACAGAUAA